AUGACCUUUGAGAACCUGUCCAAGAUUACUAUCCCUAUCCACGCACGCGAGAGCGGAAGCGGCAAGAGUCCGUGCAAAUUUGACAGUGGAAGUGGUCUCAUUGACCAAAAGACUGGUCAAGUCAUUGGCGUCGCGUCAUUCGUCAUCAAGGAUAAGAAUAGCUAUUACUGCGACCAGGCUCCCACGGUCUUUACUCGCGUCGGCAGCUACAUGUCGUUUAUCAAGCAACAUCUCGAAGGUGCGGACGCUGCUGCUGCCAAGCCUGAUCCGGUACCGGCGACGAACACGACGAAAACGGAAUACCAGGGUCCUCGGGCCAAGGAAGACGAGCUCCGUUCCACCGCGGUCAAGCCGAACAAGUACGGCAUCCCUGAAGACGAAUGCCGGCGCAUGGUUGCACAGUGUGUCUUUGAGGAAGCUCAGAAGAAGGAGGUGGCCCAGAACUUUGAUGGGGUUAUUGAGUGCAUGGAUUCCCAGUUCCGGGGACUAGAAAAACGCCAAGCAGGGAACUCGAUGCCUCUCCUGGGCAAGAGUAUUUCCUCUUAG